AGACUGGCUCAGAGAACUGGCGACUGAAGGUAAGUUUCCAACGGAUACAUGCGUGGCUCGCACGUCGCGCAGCCUUCGCAAAGCAGGCCGACCCCUUCAGACAACUGCAGGUCAGGGACAGCGGGUCCCCCCGGUGCAGGUCAUCCCGGUGCCCGGGCAUAUCCGCGAGUGCAACGGUGUGGCGCACCAAGUUCCGUGCAACCUGUACUGACAGCACCUCCUGUGACUUAUACGAGGCAAGCCAGCCCCUUCACUCCUCGCGAUGGGCCUGUCCAGUACACUCCUAGGGAUGGGAUGCAGUCCUGGGCGCACCCGGUGCACCCGCCAAUCCGCAGCAUGUCUGUUCCAAGGGUCAGACUAGCGCCUGCUCCAUCAAUGGCGGCAUUGCCGGUGGAUGAAGGCGGCAACUACCUGCAUGCCGCCCCAAUCGCUGGGCAUUCCGGAGGAGCAUGUGGCAGUGCGACGCCUGCCCCAGGCGCUCCUUUGUUGCCAAUGGCCCAGCGAGUUCGCCAUAUUCCGGCAAGGCCCGGUCAGUUCAUAAGGCUUAGCCAGGAGGACAGCAGCUGCCACAGUAGCCGCCUGGAGACUAGCUCGCUUUCCAGGCUGCAACAGGCACUUGCAGAUCAGCGAGCAGACCACGAAGCAAGACUAGCACAACUCCAGGCACAGUGGGACGAGCGGUUUACAGAGGCAGUGGCUUUCUGGCACAAAGCGUGGUCGACCACAACGGCCGUCGUGAAAGACUGCAACACCCAUUGCGUGAAGCUGAGCCAGGUCUUGGAAGCCUCCUUGGACCAGCUUGGGCAGAGCAGCCUGGAACUUUCAAACCUUCAGAGCCGUGUUCUGGACUUGGAGGCGGCUGCAGGUUUGUCAUCGAGGCCAGCAGCUGGGAAGAACGCUGAGGAUGGGGCAGACCCGGAGGCGGGAUCCCGCCUGCGACAGGAGGGCUUGAGAUGCCUGAGCGGCACCAGCGAUAGCUUCAAGAGAUUAUCUCAUGAGUUGGCGCAGUUUGAGCAGGAAGUGUCGGAUCAGUCUCAAAAACUCUUGGGCACCCAUCUGACUUUUCAGACAAAGUUUGGUGCUGAGGAGGCAGAUUGCGCAAACUCAACUGUGGCAGAGCUCGAGCAAAGCUCCCGUGGUGAAGCUGAGGACAAGCCUUCCACAGCUGCUGGGGCCCUUCCCCGGACGGAGCUGGGCGAGGCACACAGCGAGGAACUUGAUUGCCCCGCUGGGUUUCUAGCGUCGCUGAACUCUGGGUGGCGGUAGCACUCGACCCCUAGAUGAGCAAAUGACAGCACAAAUGUAGAGAUUAAUUGCAUGCAAGACGCAC